AUGGACGGGCAUACUCAAGCUGUUUCUCGCAUUGCGCAGCAAGUCGCACAGUUUGCUCUGCAAAAGAAGCCGUUUCGAAUAUACCAUGGGUCGACUAAUAGUACGCGCCCGUCGGAGCGACGACAGGACAACACGAUUGACACAAGCCAACUUACAAAGAUCCUGAAUGUUGACAAGGAUCGCAAGAUUGCGCUCUGCGAGCCAAAUGUACCUAUGGAUAGGCUGGUACAGGAAACUCUAAAAUACAAUCUUGUUCCUCUUGUGGUCAUGGAGUUUCCGGGAAUUACAGUUGGUGGUGGCUUUUCUGGCACAUCUGGAGAAAGCAGCUCUUUUCGAUACGGCGCCUUCGACUCCAUCAUCAAUUCCAUUGAAAUUGUACUUGCAAACGGCACUAUUGAGAGAGCCUCCAAAGUGGACAAGAAGGAUCUAUUCUGGGGUGCCGCUUCCGCCUUUGGUACCAUUGGUGUCGUCACACUGCUCGAGAUUGAGCUGCGCGAAGCAACGCCCUUUGUUGCUCUUACGUACUCGCUAGCAAAAGGGGCCGAAGAGACUGUCAAGCUAAUCCAAGAGGAGUGUGAAAAGCCAAAAGUCGAUUAUAUCGACGGUAUUGCUUUUAGCCCAGAGCUGACUGUCAUUUGCUCUGGAACUAUGGCCGAUGAAGUGCCAUCUGGACAGCAAGCCAGAACAUUUACUCGCCCGAGCGAUCCUUGGUUCUAUCUACGGGCGGAAGAAGUUAUAAAAGAGUUGACAAAAAACCCCAAGCUUCCGGUGGUAGAUUAUAUACCGAUUACAGACUACCUCUUUCGCUACGACCGUGGAGGUUUCUGGACGGGCAAGGCGGCGUUCGAAUACUUUGCUGCACCAUACAACCGCUAUACACGGCGCAUACUAGACAGGUACAUGCAUGCCCGCGUCAUGUAUCAUGCUGGACACAAGAGCGGUAUGACCGACAGAGCCAUUGUCCAAGACGUCGGAAUACCAUAUGACCGGGCUGUCGAGUUCCAAAACUGGCUCGAUGACAAAUUCAACAUAUACCCGUUGUGGCUAUGUCCGCUACGGGUGCAGCGUAAUGAUCCUGAAGCAUGUCACGGGUUACAUGCUCAGUUUGCAUUUCCUAAUGCACCAGGUCUGCUCAACUAUGGCGUCUGGGGCCGUUUCCAGGGGACUGCCCGUGAAAACAUGGAGAAGAAUAGAGUACUAGAGGCCAAGGUUCAAGAGUUCAAAGGGAAGAAGUGGCUGUAUUCGCAUGCAUACUACACCGAGGACGAGUUUUGGGCACACUACGACAAAGAAUCGUAUGAUAAACUGCGCGAAAAGUACAGCGCAACGCAUUUAAAGAGCGUCUUCGACAAGGUGGCUAUAGACUUUGAGGCACAAGAGGCAGCUGCGACAGCGACGCCCUGGAAGCGAUUCAAACACACCAUAGGGGAGAUUUGGCCGGUGAGAGGGCUAUAUGGCGUCUACAAGGCUACUACUGGAGGAGAUUAUUUGCUACAAAAGAAGUCGAGUGCAACAAAAUGA